AAAAAAAUUUUUAACUUUACGGCAUCCAAGAUUUUGCAAUAGUUUGGCCAAUACAUUUUUUUUAAGUUAAACAAUAAUAGCAUGAACAAAGCUAAGGUCAAAAAAUCGAAACCAUUAGUAAAAACAACAAGCAUUAAAAAUGGAAAAGGAGUAUUCCACUUUACAAAUGGAGAUAUUUACGAAGGAAGUUACGUUGUUGUUAACAAGGAUAUCUAUAGGCAAGAAUAUGGAAUUUAUCAAACUAGCGAUGGGGACAAGUAUCAAACUGUGUGGGACAGAGACCGCGUUGGUUCAAAAGUUAUGAUAUCGUAUGACAAUGAAGCCGAAUACAGAGGGGAAGUUAAUAACGAGGGUAAAAUGAGCGGCCGAGGUACUUACAAAUUUCCGGACGGCAGUUCCUUGAGCGCCGUUUGGCAGAACAACGAGCCCGUGGCUGAACAAAUUUUUACCGACACCCUGGGGCAUUCCUGGCUGGGAAAAUUAUCGGCAAACAAACAGGUACUUGGCAAUUAUUUCUUAUGACAUGUCGUAUGAUUAUUUAU